GAACCCAUUUAUUCCGACUAAAUUGUUACUUAAAACAACGAAUACGUAGCAUCAGCUGAUCAUACUGAGACCUUAUCUUAUCCAAUAUCUAUCACCCCAUCACACCGUAAUCUUCAUAACUCAACUGAUCUUUCUUCUUCUUCUUCUUCUUCUUCUUCUUCUUAUUCUUCUUCUUCAUCUCUAAUUCCAGUUCAACAAUGGCGGAGAAUGAUCUGAUCAAGAACACUAUCACAAGGAGAGUAGCCUCAAUUUCCAGUCACCUCGUUCCAAUUCCACAAACACCAAAUCCCGACUCAAUCCACCUCUCCUCCGCCUCAAUCGACGACAGCUACCACCGCAAACACGGCACCGUUUCAACUCACCCUGUCGUUUGGAGCAUCGCCGGCGACGAAUUCGGCAAGGAAUUCACCGACAUCAUCUACGAGAAGGCCGUGGGAGAAGCCAUUGCGAAGAUUACGAUUAAUCGGCCAGAGAGGAGAAAUGCUUUCCGGCCGCAGACAAUUAAAGAGCUCAUACGGGCAUUUAACGAUGCUAGAGAUGAUAGUUCAAUCGGAGUCAUUAUUCUUACUGGAAAGGGAACGGAGGCGUUUUGUAGCGGAGGAGAUCAAGCUUUGAGAAAGAAAGAUGGUUAUUCUGAUUACGAUGAUUUUGGUCGUCUUAAUGUCUUGGAUUUACAGGUUCAAAUCCGUCGUCUUCCGAAACCUGUUAUUGCUAUGGUGGCUGGUUAUGCUGUUGGAGGGGGACAUAUUUUGCACAUGGUUUGUGAUUUAACCAUUGCUGCAGAAAAUGCAAUAUUUGGUCAGACGGGUCCUAAGGUGGGGAGUUUCGAUGCUGGCUAUGGAAGUUCCAUUAUGUCCCGUUUGGUUGGCCCUAAAAAGGCACGAGAAAUGUGGUUUCUUACCAGAUUCUAUUCUGCUUCCGAAGCAGAUAAAAUGGGUCUCGUCAACACUGUAGUACCUCUGGAUCAGCUGGAGCAAGAAACGAUCAAAUGGUGCAGAGAGAUUCUAAGGAACAGUCCCACCGCCAUCCGGGUACUAAAAUCAGCUCUCAACGCCGUCGACGAUGGACAUGCUGGUCUUCAGGCCCUCGCCGGCGACGCCACACUCAUGUUUUAUGGUACAGAAGAGAGUAACGAAGGAAGAUCGGCGUAUAUGGAACGUCGGCCACCGGAUUUCUCUAAGUUUCCAAGAAAACCUUAAUUUGAAUAACAAUGAAAACAAUCCCAACUGCCAAGGUACCGUUAAUCGAAGGGUCAAAGCAAUGUGGUAUUUUUUUAAAAUAAACAUUACGAUUAUUAAAAUUACAUUUAUUAUGAUAA